AACAUGACAACCUCAGAGCAAACAAAGCUCUGUGCCCUCCAUGUGAUCUCUGGCGCCCCCCUGAGGCGGCUUGGACCAUGGGUAGAACGUAUACGUGGACGGGGCUUCAGUGGGGUUCCAGUGGCAUGUAGACACUUCCCACAGUCCAGAGUCAGACUGAAGUCCACGCUCGUCUCACAUCUGGACCAAUCAGAAGCGAGGAGCUGUGCUUCUGCACGUCAUCAUCCUCACAGACACACAAACACAGACAUGGCAGCGACUGGACCUCACAAGAUGCCCAGCUGGGAGAAGAGAGUUCGGAUUGUGCUGUGCGUCUUUGGUCUGGUUCUGUCUGUGUAUGCGCUGCACGUGGAGCUGUCCAGAGAGGCAGACCCGGAUUACAGGGCGAUGUGUGACCUGGGGGAGUCAGUGAGCUGCUCCAAGGUUUUCACCUCCAGGUGGGGGCGUGGCUUUGGUCUGGUCCAGUUGUUGGUGGCUAAAGAGAACCCUCUGAACCAGCCCAACAGCCUGCUGGGCCUCCUGUUCUACACUGUGCAGAUGGGCCUGG